GUUUCGUUCACAGCCUCCAGUUGCAUUAUCAAUCAAAAGGAAACACCGCAGCUAAAAACUAAUAGCUUUUCCAGCAUGCCUUGGAGAGUAGGGACCAAUUAUUAUCAUUACUUUCCAAGAACAGGAUAUAUAGGCCAGAACUGUGAUGGUAGUUGGUCUGGGUGUAGCAGCUCUUGCAUUUGCAGGUCGCUAUGCUUUUCAGUUCUGGAAACCACUUGAACAAGUAUUCACAGAAACAGCAAAGAAGAUUUCAACCUCUAGUCUUUCAUCCUACUAUAAAGGAGGGUUUGAACAGAAAAUGAGUAGACGAGAAGCAAGUCUUAUUUUAGGCAUAAGUCCAUCUGCUGGCAAGGCCAACAUUAGAACAGCUCAUAGGAGAAUCAUGAUUUUGAAUCACCCUGAUAAAGGUGGAUCUCCCUACUUAGCAACAAAAAUAAAUGAAGCAAAAGACUUGUUAGAAUCCAGCACCAAAAAUUAAUGUCCAGGGACUUCUGAGAUAGAACUUUUUAUAUGUUCCUUACUACUGGAAAUCCUGUGGAUAUAUUGUGCAAUAAUAGCUUCUUGCUGUUCUAUAGAUGCAUAACACUGGAUCAAAUUGUCAUUUAUCUAACUUCAUUAUUAAAGAUUAAGACUAUUUAAAAAGUAAACUGAUACAUUUUACUAUAUUUUGCAAUCUGUUGUGACUUUUCGGAAACUUGGAAGCUGGUUCUUCACUGAUUUUUUAAAAAAUGGUUAUUUCAGAUUUGUUCAAUAGGGUUGGAUUCUGGAGCUUACCUUAACGUCUAUAAUACAAAAUGUUUCUAUUAUGUAUUUAUUGACUUUAUAAUGGUGAUACUGUGUAGCUCUAUCUUCAAGUGGCUCUAGAAGGCAAAACCAGAAGGCUUGCUAUAUGUUAGUUUCUUUUAAAAAAAUAUUAGCAUAGAUGCCAUUUCAAAGCUGCUGGUUAGGACAAAAUGACUUGAAAAUUUUGGCAAAAUGCUGCUUUCACAA